UUUAAAAAAGCAACUAUUUAACAAGGGACUUUCAUAAGGAUAAAGGUUAAACUUAUUGAGGUUGCUGUAGGAUUCUUAGUUCAGGUGGUCAUUUCAAAUCAACCAUCAGCAACAAUUGAACAUAUCUGUGGUUUAAACAUGGACCAAUUUGAACAUGUGAAUGAAACAACAAAUACAGAUUCUUCAGGGAAAAGGAAAACUAGAUGCUGUGAUGCAUUUAAGAUGUUCUUUGUAGCUCUGUCAUUUAGCUACAUUUGCAGAGCACUGGGUGGAGUGAUUAUGAAAACUUCCAUCACUCAAAUAGAAAGGAGAUUUGACAUAUCCUCUUCUGUUGCUGGUUUAAUUGAUGGAGGCUUUGAAAUUGGAAACUUGUUUGUGAUCUUGUUUGUAAGUUACUUUGGAUCCAAGCUACACAGACCGAAGAUAAUUGGAAUAGGUUGUGCCAUUAUGGGCGCUGGAAGUAUUCUGACUGCUUUACCACAUUUCUUCAUGGGAUAUUACAGGUAUUCUUCAGAAACCCAUGAUAAUACAUCAGAUAAUUCAUUUUUGACUUGUUUAAGUGAUCAGACUUCAUCAUUCACUGAAACACCACUUGAAGUAAUGAGAAAAGGUUGUGAGAAGCAAUCCGAGUCCUACAUGUGGAUCUAUGUGCUAAUGGGUAACAUGCUUCGUGGAAUAGGGGAGACCCCUAUAGCGCCCCUGGGAAUUUCUUACCUUGAUGACUUUGCUAAAGAAGGACAAUCCUCUGUUUAUUUAGGUGCUUUGAAUGCAGUAACAAUGAUUGGCCCAAUACUAGCCUUUCUAAUGGGUUCGCUGUUUGCUUCAAUGUUUGUGGACAUUGGAUAUGUAGAUAUGAGCAGCAUCAGAAUAACUCCUCAGGAUGCUCGCUGGGUUGGUGCUUGGUGGCUUGGAUUCCUUAUGUCUGGACUACUGUCCAUCAUUUCUUCCAUACCGUUCUUUUUUCUGCCUCGAAAUCCAAAUAAACCACAGAAACAAAAAAGGAAGAUUUCAGCAACUUCGUGUGGACUCAAAGCAGAUGAAGAAGAAAACCAAACAGCUAAUUUGACCAAUAAACGUCAAGAUGUUACUCUGACUGGUUUUUUAAAGUCCGUGAAAUGCCUCCUUAUCAAUCACCUAUAUGUUUUGUAUGCGCUUUAUACAUUGAUUGCUAGCAGCAGUUAUAUUGGUUCAUUUACUUACCUUUUCAAGUUCAUCGAACAACAAUUUGGUCAGACAGCCUCUCAGGCUACCUUUCGUUUGGGAGUCAUAAUUCUACCUAGUAUGGCAGGUGGAAUGUUUUUAGGAGGCUAUCUCUUUAAAAAACUGAAAUUAACCAUCGUUGGAAUUGCCAAGUUUGGAUUACUUACUUCAUCCAUUACCUUUUUGUUGCACUUACUAUAUUUUAUUCUACUCUGUGAAAGCAAAUCAGUUGCUGGAUUAACUUUGACUUAUGAUGGACUUAGUCCAGUGUCAUCUCAUGCAAAUGUACCCCUGUCUUAUUGCAACUCAGACUGCAAUUGUGAUGAGAGUCAAUGGGAACCAGUCUGUGGGGACAAUGGAGUAACUUACUUGUCACCUUGUCUGGCAGGAUGCAAAUCUAGCAGUGGCAAUAAAAAGUCUGCCGUGUUUUAUAACUGUAGUUGUAUAGAAGCAUCUGGAUUUCCCAGCACAAAUUUUACAGCCCAUUUAGGUGAAUGCCCAAUACAUGAGAUUUGUAAAACGAACUAUUAUAUUUAUGUAAGUGUACAAUUUUUGCUUGCUGUUUUUGGAGCAAUGGGAAGUGUUUCACAUAUCAUCCUUAUUGUGAGAAUUGUUCAACCUGAAUUGAAAUCUCUUGCAAUGGGUUUCCAUUCACUGAUUAUACGAACACUAGGAGGAAUACUAUCUCCAAUAUAUUUUGGGGCCAUGAUUGAUACAACAUGUAUAAGGUGGUCUGCCCCCACUUGUGGAUCAAAAGGUGCCUGUAGGAUGUAUAAUUCAAUAUUAUUUGGAAAGUCAUUUUUGAGUUUGACUUCAUCCUUAAGAUUUGUAUCAUUUAUUUUUCAUUUUUCAUUCCUUCAUUUUCUGAAGAAAAAAUAUGAAGUAAAAGAAAGCAAGACAUUGGAAAAUGGAGGAAAAGUCAUGAAUGAAGCAAACUUAGAAUCCUCAAAUAACAACAAAUAUUUUGAACCUUCUGCAACUGUCAAAGAAACACAUAUUUAAGGGAAGAAAAGAUCCUUCUUUCCCUGUUUCCAGAAAAUAGUAUAUUGAUGCAGUAAAAUGCUAUUUUUCAAUUCCUGGUCAUUUCACUGAGUAUUCCCAUAAUGUACACUGAUAGAAACUGAAAAGGGUUAUUAUGAAUAAAACAAUAAAGAAAAAGAAAUAGGAAUAGUUAUCGUUUGGGUACUGCUAUGCACCUGUGGUUAACAUUGCAAUAUAUGAUUCAUGAAAAUCUAAAAUGAGAGGCCUGGUUAAUGUUUAAAAGAAAAAAAGAUAAUUGUAACUCUUAAUAAAAUCAGUAACUAGAAAGUAGGUAGAGAUUAAAAAAAAAAAAGGAGAGCAAUUUGUAGCCUAAAUAAGGCCAAAAAAAAAAAAAAAGGCUGGUAUCUUAGAAAAGAGAGUGGAUAAUGUUAUUCUAGCCUGAAGUCUAGCCUGAUGGAGGGUUCAUGAAAUCUUGAUACAUUUUAUUCAUAUAAGUCACACAUUUCACAGACAUCAUUAAUUGAAAAUUUGAAAUUGUGUCUAAUGAACAAGGCACAUCUUCAAGUGAAAUAUUGCUGAAGAAAUUGAGAUACUAAAAAAUUUACAAGCUCUGAUUAUCAGAAAACAUAUUAAAGAAUGUAAAUUUCUAUUGCAGACAUAGAAAUGGAUUAAGACUAGCUGACUUUAACUGCAAAAAGCAAAUAUUAUUUAAUAGAUAUGUAUUAAUUUUACCUGUCUUCUCUCUGGCAGACAUGUGUUUUUAAAAAUUUCUUCAGUCAUUUUUUGUUUGAAAAAAAUAUGGUGUGAAAAACCCCAUAUUUUUAUAUUUCUAUCAGGAGAACAAGAAGUAGAGUGAAUGAGAACAAAUAUUUGAAUGGUGUAUUCUCUAGUGACACUGACUCAUAAUGAAACCUAGAGGUUGUACAUUUUUCCAUUCUCAUUGUUUGAAAAUAUUUUAUGCUUUGUUUGUAUUAGGAUCACCUGUGAAGUUAAAAAAUAUACAAUA